UGCUGAUUGGCUGCCACGUCGCACUUGUUUUGUGAUUUCACCUACUAAGGCUUACCAGAAAAGAGUGGGUUAAAGGGUUCUGGGAUUUUAAUGAGCAAUUGAAGGUUUUUGGUGGAGUUCCCUUGCCUCUCGCAGGCACCAAAUAAUGGCGGUUACCCUCCAACUUAGGUUUGCCUGGCUCUGUUUGUUGCUGCCCUGCAUUGCGCUCUCUGCGAAUUUCCCCAGCGGUGUAUCUAAAUCAGAGUGUCUCAAUCGUGUCUUCUGGAUAUGGGUGGACAAGGACUUUGUAGGAUCCAGAGAAUGGUACUUAGAAGCUCUCAAUGCAACUGGAACGCCAGUUCAACUUGAUGAUGACCUUGCCUCACAGUGUGGCUAUUCCAUAACUAAGGAUAUAUACGGCAACCUGGAAAUGAGGAUCUCCUUCUUGGCAUGUUGGGUUCUAAAUGUGAAUGACCUCCAGUUUGACCUUAAGGUGCAGCUUCUUGUAAGACAAAAUGGUGUUGGUUUCAUUCCUUACCCAGUCUCGCUGUCCUGCCGGAUCACUGACCCAUGGAAUGUACGGGAGGUUCUCUGUGAGGAGAACUUCAUGGAAGUCUCUGUCAGAAGAAUAGUUCCCUGGGUUGUUGAUUGGAUGACUGAAGACUUACAGGCAGUGUGGCCAGUGACGGAGGGCGGAAUAUCUCAGAGCUGGCAGGUUGAGUUCCAGAUGCCGGACCUUAGUAUCAUCACCGUCAGUGCCGCAAAAGCACAAAGGAUGGGCUAUGGGCUCAAUGCUACGGCGACCAGGGUUGUCUUCAGAGCCCCCUACAACACGUCUGAGUCCCGGAUCAUAAAGAAUGGAAGCUAUCAUCUUGAAGUGAUCCUAGCCAAGAUGUACUAUUCUCAGCCCUUAAUUCGACUCAUUGUGGACACCACAACUGCAUGCCCUGCUGAUCCUCCUAUGAUAACCAACACCUCCAUCUUCUGGCUGACCCCUGCCAUUCUCUCCCCUCUGGUUCUUGACCUUGUGGCCUACAGAGACAGGGGGGUUUCCAUGGGUGUGGAUGGUAGGCUGCUUGACCCCAGUGUAAUAGCGACCAAUGGCUACAGCCUCAGUAAGAACGCCACCACCGUGAACGUGACUGUGCCAAUCGGUGCACCCGGUGGUUAUACGGAGAGUGAUAUUGUGAACAAUACCUACGGGACCACAUACCAUAUACAUCUCCUGUUAGUGCACCACUGGCGAGGGGCCACUGCCGACACCACCAGGCACUCUGCUAUUAAACCAAUCAACACCCCUUUUAUGCCCCAGGUGCCCAUCUUCAUUAACCGUACGGUACCGGAAACGCGUUACUUUAACGUGUCUCUGGGCAACUUCUUCCCCGAUGUGGGUCUCAAGGCUUUCAUCAUAAAGAAAGUGAUGGUCACGUUGGAUGAGGCCAGUCGGAGAGGCUUCAGAGUGGGAACCGUGGACAACAAAAAUGGCACAAGCGCUUAUGUCCUUCAGGUGCCCUUCGGCGAUCCGCUGGUGGAACAGAAGUACCUGGAGGGCAACAAGCGGGUCUACACCCUCUAUGUCACCUACAUCCUGACCCUUCUGAGCAAGAAAAAGGAUUUCACCUACACGGAUGUGGUGGAGUGUGUCUUAAAAGAUGUAGUCCCUCCCACUUAUGAUAAAACCUGUACAAACAACAGCCUGAUCCUGAACAUGACCCGGGGGAACAUGGAUAUGUACUGGAUCCCAUAUAUCCGAGAUCUUCCUCUGACUCAAGCCUUAGCGGCCUCUCAGAACUACAAGAUAACCCAACGGGCCUCAACGUUACUGAUCGAAGUCCCACUCUUCUCCGUAGGCCUGGUCUAUGAGGACAUCACACUGAGGGGGAUCAGGGCUCGCUUGGACUUCGCGUUGAAGGACAACAAGACCCUUCAAGUCAGGAGCAGCUAUUCCUUUGCAUGUAAUUUUCCAACUGACCGACUAUUAUUGUGCCUUCCCAAUGGUACCAUGAAGGCCACCGUACUCAGUCUCGACACCAAACCUCGCUUCGACCCCCGAGAAACCCACCUGAAGGACCCAACGUGCAAGCCCCAGGAGGCCAAUAAUGAUCUGGCUCUAUUCUCCUUCUCCGUCUUUUCCUGCGGCACGACUAGGCAGUUUGUAGGAGGCUAUUUGGUGUAUGAGAAUGAAGUUACCUUUGAUCGAAAGGGGUUACCUCCAAUCAAACCCAUCAUCUCUCGAAAUUCCACUUAUAGGCUGACCCUGCGCUGUCGGUACCCUCUGACGGACACUCAGCAAGUGGUGGGUAAAUACAACACUACCAUUAUCGGCCGCCGCGGGAUUUCCACAGACUUCAGCAAUGAGCAAGCCAAAGUUCUUAGAAAGAGAGACGAGAACACACAAGUGUCGGAUCUAAAAGUAGCCAGAGAUAGGACCUUCACUUCAUUCUACCACCCUGGGGACUUCCCACUACUAAUCCAGCAAGAGGAGAGCCUAUAUUUCGAGGUGGAUGAGCGAAGGAGAGGGACGUCCCCCACGCGUGCCGUCAGACUGCAAGAGUGCUGGGCUACUCCCUCCCACAGGACAGAUGGAUUCCCACAGUGGGACCUAAUCAUGGAUGGGUGCGCCCAAAAAGGUACCAAUUACUCAGUAGACUUGGUACAAGGCCCUCCUUCCCGAUUCCAGUUGAAGAUCGAAGGAGGCUUGAGUGAACAGUACCAGCUGUUCGUGUACUGCCAGGGUCUGGUCUGUGACUCUCUACUAGAAUCCGACCGAUGUCAAACUGCCUGCAAUGAAGCAAAGCCUGGAGUGUGGAGAAGAACGGUCCCUGUGGCGGAACCCUAUGAGCUCUUAUCUGCAGGUCCUAUUCGGAUUGGCCCAGGCGAGGCCGAAGUACAGUAUCGGCAUGUGGAAGAGAAGAGCUGGAGCACGUGGAUUUGGCUCCUGUCGGUUGGCCUUGCCUUCAUUGCCGCCUUCACUGUUGGAUCGGUUAUACUGGCUCUACGGCUUUUUGUCUGUUAAAAUAAAAAAAAUGUUUUCUAGUUA